GUUCGAGAGACUCCGCUGUGGUGUCAGUCAAGAUCACUCCAUGUAAUAUUCUUCCAUGCGUUCUGCUUAAAGGGAAACCCUACGCAAUUGAAAUAAAAUUUACAGCAAGUGCUUACAUCCGAGGCGAAGAUGCUCUUUUAGAGGUGGUCUACGAUGGUGUUAUCAAAUCUCUCCCAAUUCGUGGAUCACUAAUAUGCGGGCAUCUGGAUCCCCCCUGCCCAAUUAGACCGGGCGGGACAUACAAAUACAGCUAUACAACUGCGAUAUCCCAUGGCCUUCCAA